AUGUCAUCCAAAACGAAGAAGAAGUCGGCUGGCGCUGACCUGAAGAGUCAGGUCGAUGCUGCUGCACCACCCAAAAAGAUCAAAAUUCCGAAACUGUUUAUCGCCAGACCUACUCUGACCAAGCAGACAUCGGUCUAUUUGCAACCUCAAAUUGCCGAAGCCAUGGAGCUCAACAAAGGUUGCUUUGUGACAAUUUCCAAAGAAAGUGGCCCCGGGGUUGUGGCUAUUUUAGAGUUAGAGGAAGUCGAAGAAUCAAAUGUGUUGAGGAUUCCCCAAAGGCUCAGAGAACUUGGUGGGAUAUUACUAGGCGAUAGGCUACAAAUUACAAAAAGAUCUAGCCAGCCACUGUAUGCCAAGCAAGUGAUGGUCCAAAUUCCCGAGAGCCAAAACUGGGAGGAUCUUAAUAAUGCCGUAAAAAAGACUUUUGGUGAGAUUGGUGUUUUGCAAGCAGGCCUCACCUUGGAGGUCAAGGGCGUCACUGUCACCAUAACACACAUUUCUGACGCCGAUACAUCCAUUGAUGAUGUGACGACAAAGCUUUCAAAUAUGAGUUUGGAAUCAUCCGCGGACAUGGCAUUGGUUUCCCCUGUCUUCCUUUUUCACUCGUCAAGCAUUUCGUCUACAACACAAGCGAUUGACUACUCCAUUUACCCAAGAAUUCCUCGUCCCACCUCACUCAAUUAUGUGGGUGGUUUGGAAAAGCCUAUUUCACUUCUUCGAUCAACCGUCAAUUUGCCUCUACAUCAUCCAACAAUAUUUUCAGAUUUUGGCAUAUCACCUCCUCGGGGUAUUCUUCUACACGGUCCGCCAGGUACGGGAAAAACUUUGCUAUUGCGCUGUAUGGCACAUGAAUCAGGUGCUCAUGUUCUUAUGAUAAACGGACCUUCUGUAGUGUCCAAAUACCUAGGAGAAACUGAGAAUGCUAUCAGGGAUCUAUUUGCAGAGGCAGUGAAGUACCAGCCUUCGAUCAUUAUCAUGGAUGAAAUUGAUUCAUUGGCGCCAAAGAGAGGUUCUGAUGAUGCAGGCGAGACUGAGUCUAGAGUUGUCGCCACUUUGCUCACAAUGAUGGAUGGUAUGGGUGACUCUGGACGGGUUGUGGUAGUGGGCGCCACAAAUAGACCCAAUCUGAUCGACCCCGCCCUUCGAAGACCGGGACGUUUUGAUCAAGAGGUGGAGAUUGGUAUCCCUGAUGUUGAAGCCAGGGCCGACAUCCUCGCCAAGCAGCUUGCUCGUAUGAAGAGCGAAAAGUGCAACCUUCUGGAAAGUGACAUUAAAGAGGUUGCAUCAAAAACACAUGGCUACGUCGGAGCUGACUUGGCCGCAUUAUGCCGUGAAGGUGUCAUGAAGACAAUUGCUCGUGGACUUUCGGGUCUGUCCGCCCCCAUUCAUGUUGGCGCCAUUGCAUCGCUUGAUCUUUCUAACAUUGAGCAUCUCGACUCAAGUAUCAAGGUUGAGAAGGCGGACCUCGAGGCCGCCUUUGUGGAUGUCAGACCAUCAGCCAUGAGGGAGAUAUUCUUGGAAAUGCCCAAGGUGUCCUGGGACGACAUUGGUGGACAACACGAGCUAAAGCAGAAAUUGACCGAAGUGGUUCAGCUUCCUCUCGAAGCAAGUGAAACAUUUCGUACGUUGGGCAUCUCAGCACCUAAAGGUGUUUUACUCUACGGUCCUCCUGGUUGCUCCAAAACUUUGACGGCAAAAGCGUUAGCUUCUGAGUCGGGUCUCAAUUUUUUGGCAGUCAAGGGUCCAGAAAUCUUCAAUAAGUACGUCGGAGAAAGUGAGAGAACAAUCAGGGAGAUAUUCAGAAAAGCUCGUGCGGCUGCUCCAUCCAUUAUCUUCUUUGAUGAAAUCGAUGCCUUAGCUUCUUCAAGAGAAGAGGCACUGACUCUGGCAGCCCAGCACGUACUCACAUCGUUGCUCAACGAGAUUGAUGGUGUUGAGGAAUUGAACGGCGUCGUGAUAGUUGCAGCCACCAACAGACCGACUGAGAUCGAUGCUGCUCUUUUACGUCCUGGUCGUUUGGAUAGACACAUUUACGUUGCCCCACCUGACAAGGAAGCAAGGCUUCAUAUUUUGAACCGUAAAUGUGGCAAGUUCGAGAUUGAUAAUUCGGAAGCUCUUUUUGAAAGAUUAGCACAGGCCACAGACGGUUGUUCCGGAGCUGAGGUUGCAUUGCUAUGUCAAGAAGCCGGUCUUGCCGCCAUCAUGGAGAAUAAGCAAACCCGUAAGGUGGAGGAUAGACAUUUUGAUCUUGCUCUUCUGUCUAUUUCCAAGGGUAUCACUCCUGAUAUGCUUGAGUAUUAUAAAGAGUUUUCGCAGAGAAGCGGACUCACCAUGUAA